AUGGCACCCAAACAAUCUGCCCGUCACACCCCGGACAUCACGCUCCCAACCUCCUACAACACCCUCCCCUUCACCCAAAUCACCACGCGCCACCACGAAAAAGAGCCCUCAAUCAUCAUCCUUACACUCCACAGACCAGCCAAUCACAAUGCCUUUACCGACGUCAUGCGCGCAGAAAUCGAAUCUGCGUACGGCAUGUUCGACGUAGACGACCGCGUAAAAUGCAUCGUCGUAACAGGAAAUGGGCGGAUAUUCUGUGCAGGUGCAGAUUUAGAUGAUGGGUUCGGGGAUGGCGUGCAUGGUGAGGCGGCUGAAAAGGUGCAGGAGCAUAGGGAUGGAGGCGGACGCGUGACCCUAGCCAUCCAACACUGCCGCAAACCCUCCAUAGCCGCUCUCCAAGGUUCUGCAGUAGGCGUCGGCAUCACCAUGACACUCCCCAUGAAUAUACGCAUAGCGUACGCCAAUGCGAAGAUCGGUUUCGUCUUCGCGCGCCGUGGACUCAUUAUGGAAGCUGUUAGUUCGUUCUUCUUGCCCCGGUUGAUUGGGCAUAGUCGCGCGAUGCAGGCAGUCACGACAGGUAGCACGUAUCUUGCUAGCGACAAGAUCUGGGGUGGUUUGUUUGCAGAGACGUGUGAGAAGGCCGAGCAAGUGCUGCCAAGGGCGCUUGAGGUGGCCGAGGACGUGGUGAGGAACACAAGUAGCGUGAGUACGUAUUUGAUGAAGGAGUUGAUGUAUAGGGAUGUGGGAAGUCCUGAAGGUCAGCAUUUGUUGGAUAGUAGGGUAAUCUAUGAGCUGUUUGGGUCGCCGGAUAACACCGAGGGUGUGAAGUCGUUCAUGGAGAAGAGGCAGGCGAAGUUUACAGGAACGAUGGAUAAUACCAAUGUGACUGGGUAUCCGUGGUGGAUGCCGUUGGACACUUUGAAUAGGCCAAAGGUAGCGCCAACAGGGAGGCCAAAGAUCUAG